AUGGAGUUGCCAUUUUUUCAUGGAAAGAUAACAAGAAGAACCUGUGAAGAACUACUCAGCAGGAACAGAAAGAAUGGUAGCUAUUUAAUACGAGAGAGUGAAAGCGUGGAAGGAGCCUUGUGUCUCUGUGUUUUCUUUGAAAACCUCAUCUACACUUACCGUAUCUACAGGGAACACCAAGGAUAUUUUAGAAUACAGACCUCUGAAGGUGUUCCAGUGAAGAUCUUCAGAACAUUAAAGGAUCUAAUAUACAAUUAUGAAAAGCCAAAUCAAGGACUAAUAAUAAACCUCCUCUACCCAAUAAACAAACCAAAGGCCUCACAAAGAAGUCAGAGGCUCAAGUUAGAGAAGGAUGACAUUUAUGAUGAAAUUAAUGACAGUGAUUACAUUGCUGUCUUACCCUGA